CUUAGUCUUUCCAUAUAAAGAAUAAAAUUGCAUCACAUACCUCUUUCUACAAAUCUAUACCAACAUCUGAAAACGGUUUUCUCAACCUUCUUCAUCUUCUUCUUCCUUUCUUCCUUACUACUCACUCCUUUCAUUUUCAAAUGGGAAGAGGAAAGAUUGCGAUUCGAAGGAUUGAUAACUCAACGAGCAGGCAAGUAACUUUUUCGAAAAGAAGAAAUGGAUUGUUGAAGAAAGCCAAAGAAUUGUCCAUUCUCUGUGAUGCUGAAGUUGGAUUGAUUGUUUUCUCAAGCACUGGAAGGCUCUAUGAUUAUUCAAGCACUAGCAUGAAAGGUGUUAUCGAGCGCUAUAACAAACAGAAAGAAGAACAGCAUCAGCUAAUGAAUCCUGCUUCAGAAGUCAAGUUUUGGCGGACAGAAGCAGCUGGACUAAGACAACAACUGCAGUACCUGCAAGAAAGUCAUAGGCAAUUGAUGGGUGAAGGACUUUCUGGCUUGGGUAUCAAAGAACUACAAAAUCUGGAAAAUCAACUGGAGAUUAGUCUGAAGGGUGUUCGAAUGAAAAAGGAUCAUAUUUUGACUAAUGAGAUUAAAGAAUUACACCAAAAGGGAACUCUUGUCCAUCAAGAAAAUGUAGAACUCCAUAAAAAGAUGGACUUCAUCCAGAAAGAAAAUGCAGAGCUACAGAAGAAGGUUUAUGAAGCAAGGAGUAGAAAUGAAGAAAAUGUGGCAUCGAAUCUUUCAUGCACUAUCAGAAAUGGAUAUGAUUUACAUGCGCCUAUCAGUCUCCAGCUAAGCCAGCCACAGCCUCAAUACAGUGAACCAGCAACCAAAGCCAUGAAAUUAGGAUUACAGCUGCAUUAGCAAGAACUGUUUGAUAAUCAAUCACCUGUGUUUUCAUUCCUGACAAGCUGUCAUGAACCAGUUCAAACAUAUAAUCAUGCUGCUAUGUAUGGGAUCUUGUAGUUCAACAGCCACAUUGUUCAAUUUCAACAGAAUAGGGUAUGAGAUUGUCUAUCAAGAAACUUAAAAUUGGUGUUAAAGUCCAGACAUAAUGACUGCCUUUGUAAAUUUUAUGCAAUAAGAUAUCAAUGAUUGUUGUGCCUGGUAUUGCUUUA